AUCUUUCAGGUUGAAAUGUGCCUGCAGAUGUUUUACAGUAUUGUUUCUCCUUGUGUGAAUGUUCUCUGGAGCCGCCCGUGUCUCAUUUCCACUCUUUCCGUCUCACUUCAGGACGUGUUUCUAAUGAUUCGACGUCACAAGACGACCAUCUUCACGGAUGCCAAAGAGUCCACCACAGUCUACGAGCUGAAGCGCAUCGUGGAAGGCAUUUUAAAGAGGCCACCUGAAGAUCAGAGGCUUUAUAAGGAUGACGUGAUGCUAAACGACGGUCAAACUCUCGGAAACUGCGGCUUCACAAAUCAAACAGCCCGACCUCAGGCCCCAGCCACGGUGGGAUUAGCUUUCCGUCUGAGUGAUGAUUCAUUUGAGCAGCUGAGGGUUGAGUCUUUCUCCACUCCCCCAGAGCUCCCUGACGUGAUGAAGCCCCAGGACUCGGGCAGCACAGCCAACGAGCAGGCUGUACAGUGAGGGAGGGGGCGGGGAAACGAGAGGGACACGCAGGGGGACGGAGGGUGGAUGCACGGGGGGAGGGAGGGGUUGAAUUUUUGGGAAGUGUUGCCUCAGCGGGUGAGUUUUAACCUCGCAGACGACAGAUCUUCAGCUGGGCGUAAACAAUUACAAACACGGAUUCCCCCUUGUUGUAAAUUUGAGGGCGGGUGCUUCAAAGUGGUUCAUUUGUCCUGAUAUCGGUGAACGCAUGCUAGAUAAAUUUGAUAAUUUCACACAAGACCCUUCAGAGAUACCUGACGGACUUGUCACGACACUGUCAGUCAUCCAUGGGAUUGGUAAAGGCUGAACAUAAAGAAUUGUACCUCGUAUUUAAUUAAUUCUAGUCUUUAUUUGGGGUAAGGUUACUGCUGCCUUACUUGUGUUUUUUAUUUUGCUGGUUUAAACGUGGGAGUUGAUAAGGUGUGACAUUUUUAGGCUUUUAUGUUUGUGUGUUUCUUUAUUAAACUAUUACUAGGAUUUAACAUGUUUUUUGGUCUUUGGCCUGGAUAUGUGUUGCGACAAUAGCUAGGAGUUUGUGAAUUUCUAAGUUACUAUCUGUAUUUCAAAAAAAACUUUUGAACAGUAUGAAUCUGAAAAUAAAAAACAGAUUCGCUUGUUGGCAGAAGAUCUGGCAUUAAGAUGAACAUUUCUCGGUACUUUACUUAUCAGUAGUUGUAGUUUUCAUACUGUAGCUGCUCACAGAAGUUACUGAGACUGAAUGCACUCAGUUGUGGGCAUCUACAACACAUGUAACGCUGGCGUGGACCUGGUGUUGAAAAUCAAAUGACUGAACGCAUAGCAGCAAUCAAAAAUAACAGUAAUUAUUGAUUUUUAUUUUUUUUUUCUACUAACAAACGUUGGGACUAAACCAACUUUCCUCUCCAGUGUUUGAUUGUAGCACAUGACAUCGUGGAGAUGUUGAGUAGUAAACCUAAACCGUUUUAAGUCACACACACACACACAGGUAGUUUGUCAUGUGAUGAGUUAUGAACUGUGCCUGUGAGUAGUUGGGCUGCACAUUCGACUCUCCAUUAUCCCAGAAUCACUGCCCAUUUAGAAUUCAGUUCAUGCUGCAGCUUGUGUUGUAUUAUACACCAUUAAAACCUUAAAACACAUUAUUUUCCUAAAAUUACUCCUCUCCACAUCAAAUAAAAGCGUAACGCUGGGAAAACAAAAAAAAAAAAACUCCUCCAUUAGUUACAACGGGAAAGUAUAUUCCGACUUGGGGGUGUUGAAUGAAAUUGUUGACAUUACCGCAUUUGCAAUUUGAGGCUGUUAAACAGUGGGACAUGAUCAAAGUUGCACUUGUAACUGAUUUAACAUUAAAACAACUGUUUUUCAC